GCUGUGCCCUGGCUGUGGUGCCGAGCUGAGGAGUAGAGCUUGUGUGUGGAGUGCUUCGCCUUCCAGUGAACCCAGUGUGUCUGUGUGUGUGUGCGUCCCGUGCGCGCGCGUUCGUGUGUGUGUGACAGUGUCGCGUGUGCCAUACAGUGUGUAGUGGAGUAGUGUGAUACCAUCGUGUGAAGCGUCUUCCUCAUCAUCUCCUCGUGCGUGCCGCCGUGUGCGACUAGCCCCUGCCGGAGCCAGACCCUGCAGGAUGUCGGCGUGAGGCCGUCGGGCGCUGCUGCCGCAAUGACGCGCCGAGCCGUGAUGGACGACCGGCCCUCCUCCCGGGGCACCCCGGGCACGCCCCCCUCAUCGGUGCCGUCGGCGGCGUCCCCGCCCGGCGCCGCGCCCUCGCCCGGCCGCCAGGCCACGCCCGCACCGCCGCCCGCGCCCACGCCGCCGCUCAUGCUCGCCACCAUGACCCCCGUGAACGUGGACGGCUACCUGUACGAGCACCACCACGCCGUCACCUCGGAGCACCACGUGCACCACCACCCCCACCAGCCGCCCGUCAUCUACAGCACGGCCGGCCUCGGCGACGGCCUCCCCCUCCCCGUGCCCGUCGGCGCCGUGGGGGUGUCCGACGACGGCCUCAUGGACGGCACCGUGUCCGUCGUGUACCAGCAGCAGGUGCCCAGCAACACCGUCGUCAUCAUGUCGGAGCUCGUCGACGACAUGUCCCCCGUGCUGCAGCUCAGGACCCGGCGGAAGGACGCGGUGGACGGCGGCUCCCCCGGCGACCCCGACGUGGACGCGCCGCCGCCGAGCCACCCCGCGGCCGAGGCGGACGGCGGCUGGCGGAGCUCCCUGGAGCACCCCCUGACCGCCGCCACCUCGGCCAUGCUCAACAUCAACGCCCAGGACGCCGAGGACGCCGCCAACGGCGGCCACGCCAACCCGCCCAUGACGUUCAACGUGUACGAGUACAAGACGGACAAGCUGGGCGAGCUCUGGCCGGCCACGUCCGCGGCUAGCGCCUUGGCUAGCGCCUCUCCCGGCGCCGGAGGGGGGGUCCUGCAGCUCAAGGCAGCCAAUGGGGCCGCCGGGGCGGGGCUCACCGGGGCGACGCUGGACGGCGACCUGCAUGGCCUCUUCCUGCAGCCGCAGCAGCAACAGUUGCUCGUCAAGCGGGAGCCCGAGGACCUGAGUCACCGCAAGCAGCAGCCGUCGCCGGGACUGGCAGGAGGGCGCAGCAGCAGCGGGGCCAGCAACGGGACCAAGCUGGUGCUCGCCAACGGAGGCGGUGCCCAGGACCACCAGGACCACCCUGGCGACGUGGUGGACGUGAUCAAGGACGAGUAUAAGACGAUGGCGUACUCGACGCAGAUGUUUGGCGGGCAGCCCACGCCGCAGGGCCACCACGGCAGUGGCACUCCCUCCCCCGGGCCGUACAACGACCUGGCGUACGGCGCGCCCCCCGCGCCCGGCGCCCCCCAGCAGCCCGUCUACAUGCCCAACCUGCGGACGGCCGCGCCGCCGCCGCCCACCUCCACGGGCUUCACCACCGUCUCGGAGCGCUACUACUCGGACUACUUCCCGCCAGUACCUGACCAGGGCUACGCGCCCCUGCGGCAGCAAAUACCCACCUACAUGGACGGCGCCGAGGCGGCGGGCGGCCCCGCCUCCGUGUCCACCGCCGACCUGGUGCAGCGGUACGUGCGCCAGACCAACGCCUACCACACCACCAACAAGGGCGUCAUCGCGGCCGCCACCGCCGCGGGGCUCACAGUGGACCUGCCCUCGCCGGACAGCGGCAUCGGCGCGGAGGCCAUCACCCCCCGGGACCAGACCGCCAUCCAGCAGUCGUUCGACUACACGGACCUGUGCGGCGGCCAGGCGGUGCUGGACCCCCUGGUGCGGGCCCCGCAGGGGCAGAGCCCCGGGCCCCAGUCCGCGCCGGGGCAGCCGGGACAGCCGCAGCCCGCGAGAAGCCGGCCGUGGCACGACUUCGGCAGGCAGAACGACGCGGACAAGAUCCAAGUACCUAAAGUAUACUCCAACUACGGCUUCAAGUACACGCUGGAGACCCCCAUCUCGACGUCGCAGAGAAGAGAGGACGACCGCGUGACGUACAUCAACAAGGGCCAGUUCUACGGCAUCACCAUGGAGUACAUCCCGGACCCCGACGCGCCCAUGCUCAAGAACCACACGGUCAAGAGCGUGGUGAUGCUGAUGUUCCGCGAGGAGAAGAGCCCCGAGGACGAGAUCAAGGCGUGGCAGUUCUGGCACGGCAGGCAGCACAGCGUCAAGCAGCGGAUACUGGACGCCGACACCAAGAACAGCAUGGGGCUCGUGGGGUGCAUCGAGGAGGUGGCGCACAACGCCAUCGCCGUCUACUGGAACCCGCUGGAAAGCCCGGCUAAGAUCAACGUGGCGGUCCAGUGCUUAAGUACCGACUUCAGCAGCCAAAAGGGCGUGAAGGGCUUGCCGCUUCACAUCCAGGUCGAUACCUACGAGGACCCGAGAGACGGCCCCGUCUACCACCGGGGCUACUGCCAAAUAAAGGUCUUCUGCGAUAAGGGCGCGGAGCGGAAAACCAGGGACGAGGAGCGGCGGGCCGCCAAGCGGAAGAUGACCGCGACGGGCCGCAAGAAGCUGGACGAGCUGUACCACCCCGCGCAGGAGCGGUCCGAGUUCUACUGCAUGGCGGACCUGCACAAACCCCCCGUCCUGUUCACGCCCAGUGAAGAGCUGACGUCAAUGGAGUUACAAGGCUUUUACGGCCACGACACGGACAACUCCAGCGUGUCGAACGGUGAGGGCGGCCUCAAGACGGCCGGGACCUCCCCUUUCCUGCUGCACCCCACCAAACCCCUCGCGCACCAGACCCUCAAGUUUCACAAUCACUUUCCACCAGAUGCGCCCGGCAUCAAGAAGGAGCACUCCUUGGAGCCGGAGCCGCUGUCGACGGACGGCGGCCUGUUCAGCUCGCCCGCGCUCAAGAGGCCGCGGCUGGUGCCGCCCCUCACCGAGCGCGUCAUGCUGUACGUGCGCCAGGAGAGCGAGGAGUACUACACGCCCCUGCACAUGGUGCCGCCGUCCACGCAAGGCCUCCUCAACGCGAUUGAGAAUAAGUACAAAAUUUCCCCUUCAAGCAUAAGUAACUUGUAUCGAAAAAACAAAAAAGGGAUUACGGUCAAAAUUGAUGAUGAAAUGUUAAAACAUUACGUGAAUGAAGAUCUCUUCAUUUUAGAGGUCAAACGUGAUACUCAUGCAGAUGAAGAAGAAUUAUAUGAAGUCACUCUCAUAGAGCAACUUAGUCCAUGAAGAAAGUGAAACAGAGAGGACUCCUUGUAGCUGGAGUAGCAUGGACAAUUACUGGCAUUUGUGUCAGAUACAUCAGCUACAAAGAAACUUCGGAAUUUAAAUGAACUGUGAGGACUGCAGCAUCUUGUUGAGUGCGAGAUGAGCGGCUGUGAAGAACGCAGAGCUACAUGCAACUGAGACAGCAGUAGAAUGUAAAAAGUUGCGCUUAUAGCACUACCCUCAUGUACAUUCAAUCCAUAGGGAAUGCAAAAUGCAAUGCAUUGCCCAGGGACUCUGAUUGUUUCGCUUGUGAUUGUUCUUGUGAUUUCUGAUGUAUUGUAGGAUUUUAUUUUUUAAUUUAUUACAUUCAAUGCAGAGAAUCUCUGUUUUUAAUGAAAGGGAAAAAAAGACACAUUUAGCAAGCAAAAGCUAUUAUACUAGUGCCCCCAUCAAGUAAAUAAAUGGUCCAUAAGCUGCUCAGUAGUUGGUCACUUUAAUAGUCACAUAUGCCUUGUUCUAAAACAAGUGUUAAGUAAUUCAGAGUACUAUUUAGAUUAUUAUAAAGAAAAGCUGUAAUGAGUAUGUCAAGCAUAAUCCUUCUUCAGGGUGAAGUGUGAUCUCAAAAUAAGUGGAAGUUCUUAGAAUGGAGUUAUUAAACACUCUCAUUCAACAGCAAUCAAAAGCAAAUGAUAUAGUGCAAUAACUGAGGCUGUACAACGGGUCUAAGUUACGCUCAUUAUGAUGGUACCCAAAGCCCUAAGUCACGCUUUGGGGCCCAAGCUCAACGUGGAACAAGACUGCGUGCCGAAAGCAUUCGCUCAAGAUAUGUCUUUGUGAUAAAAAAAAGACAAACGGUAGACUUAUAGUCUGAGCUGUGUAUCUCCCAACCAGCUCAGGCAUGCUCAAUCUCAUGCAUCCACGCCAUAAUAUCUGCAGGGAUUCUGAGGUGGGGAGGCUGUUGUACCAUGAGUGCCUACAAUGCUCUGUAUAGUAUGUGUCUAAUUUAUUUCAAUAGUGUUCUUUUUGUUUUGUUUUCUGAACAAGUUAUUGCGAAAUGUUAUUUUUAAAAAGUAUCAAAUGUUAACAGUUAUAGCAUGCUACUUCUGUAUAAAAUGUUGUUUUUUUGUAAUUAUGUAAAUGGAAUGAGUCUCUCUCUAUUGUCUUUACAGAAAGAUCUAUAUAUUUUAUGUGUCUAUAUCCUUGUAGGUUUUCUAAAACAAACUGUCUUUGCAGUGAGUCAAAUGUGCCAAAAAUAUUAAAUUAGAGCAGCAUAUUUAAAGGCAAUUGCUUUUAAAUUGAAGAAGUAUCAUUUUUCUUAAAUUUUACCAUUUGAAAUGGUGCCGUACUCAGUACUUUGAAAUAUUUUUUUUUCCAAGAUUUGGACUGCAUUGCAAAUGUGCAAUGAACUGAAAUCAAACAAACCUUGCCAUAAUGUUAUAGACUGCAGUGGCCGUGUAGGUGUAAGUAAGCAGGCAGCAAGACGGAGAGCAUGGUACAAAAGAGUCGUGGCUAUCCGUCUGCUCAGCCUAGCAACCAAAAUGUACAAAUUAUAGAGGUAUUUUAGCCUUAACAAAUUAACAAUCUGAAAUCCCGUUUAAAGAAAAAUAUCAUCCCACUGUAUGUAUUGCAUUGUAAAUAGAUAUUUUCUAGAGUACAAACAGAUGAAAUCUUGCUCAGACAACAGCAACAAUGAAAGCAUGCUUUGUACUCAAAGUGUGAUAGGAAAAUUCGUCUAUUCAAGUAUUUAUGCUCAGAGUUUUAACACUUAUGUGCUUUCAAUACACUAGAAUGUUGUGCUUGAUUUUUAUACAAAAAGUUUUAUAUAAAUAGUGUAUGUAAAGAAAGGGCGGCUUGUUUGUGAAGUCGCCAUAUGGCACUGUAAAGCCAGCCAUGUAUCAAUGUAGUUAUGUUGUGGUAUUUUGGACACCUUCAAGUUGCUUUAUGUUAUUUUUUUUUAAUAUUGUACUAUCAUAGUUAUGUUUUGUGCCGUAUUGUUCAGGUGCAAAAUAAAAUUUAUAUUAUGUAUUACA